AUGAAACGACUGGAGCUGGAUGAGAGACGGGCCUCGGGAAGGAGAAGGGGACCUGACCAGAUGGACAUGGACCGUGUUUUAAGUUGGCAGAUGUUCCUGUUGCGAAGUGCCACCCGAGCCAAACGAUCGAUGCUCUCCAGUGUCGCAGACGGCGUCGAAUGGCGUCCGUGGCGCUUGCGGCUCUUCGCAAACCUCGCGUGUAUACGUUUUUGGAAACAAAGUAGUUGCAAAUAUGGAGUACGUGCUAGGAUGCUUCUGACGGCCCGACGGUGUACCUGCUGUGUGUUGUCGAUGGAACAACGGGCUGGAGGAAGCUAG